GAACAAAGUGAGGGUUCCGGCGGCUGAGAAGGUACGGGUGGUCCCAUUAAAUUGGAAUAUCAAAAAGGAGGUCGGCGACUGCGUGCUUUUGGAACUUAGCUCUCUGUUGGAAUCCACUCCCGACCUCUCCUUGCCCGGACUCCAAGUCAACAACUAUGUCUCCGGAUCCAGAGUUACAUAUAAUCUCCACUCUCCGUGUGGCCUCUUGAGAGAGGAGAGAAAGGAAGGGCAUCGGUUCUGGGAGGAGAUAAGAAGGCUUUCGAUGGGAAAGAAUCUAAGGAUCAAGACCGCGGCGAGCCAGAGAGUCCCUUUGUUGAACCACGAGGAACCAUCCAGUCGUGCUGUCUCAGAUCUUGAGCAUGGUGAUUCUGUUCAGCCGGCGAAUGUUGGAUUUUGUAGGGUUUUACGGCUGGCAAAACCUGAUGCGGGGAAACUGGUUUUUGCUACGAUAGCGUUGCUUAUAGCAUCUACAACCAGUAUUCUGAUUCCAAAGUACGGUGGUAUGAUUAUAGACAUUGUAUCAAAAGAUAUCCGAGAACCUGAACAACAAGCUGAAGCUUUAGAUGCUGUCAAGAAUACCAUAUUAGAGAUCGUGCUGAUCGUUGUCAUAGGAUCAAUUUGCAGUGCACUACGGGCAUGGUUGUUUAAUUCUGCCAGUGAAAGGGUAGUUGCUCGAUUGAGAAAAGAUUUGUUUAGUCAUCUUAUAAACCAAGAAAUAGCAUUUUAUGAUGUGACCCGAACAGGGGAGCUCCUAAGUAGACUCUCUGAAGAUACACAAAUUAUAAAAAAUGCGGCAACAACCAAUCUGUCAGAGGCCUUGCGUAGUAUUGCUACCACUCUUAUUGGUCUUUGUUUUAUGUUCUCAACAUCGUGGAAAUUAACAUUAUUGGCACUUGCUAUUGUGCCGGCUAUAUCUGUUGCUGUGCGUAAGUUUGGGCGUUAUCUUCGUGAACUUUCUCAUAAAACUCAAGCUGCAGCAGCUGUAGCUUCAUCAAUAGCUGAGGAAUCUUUUGGAGCCAUACGCACAGUCAGGUCCUUUGCUCAGGAGGUUUAUGAAAUUUCACGAUACUCUGAGAAAGUGGAUGAAACAUUGAAGCUAGGACUCAAACAGGCUAAAGUUGUUGGUCUUUUUGCUGGAGGACUCAAUGCAGCAUCAACAUUGUCAGUUGUCGCUGUAGUAGUUUAUGGAGCUAAUCUGACCAUCACUGGGUCUAUGACUACUGGUGCUCUUACAUCAUUCAUUCUUUACAGCCUUACAGUUGGUUCGUCAGUGUCUGCUCUAUCAGGAUUAUAUACAACAACAAUGAAAGCUGCAGGUGCAAGCCGAAGAGUUUUUCAGCUUCUUGAUCGUGUCUCCUCCAUGCCAAAAUCAGGAGAUACAUGCCCCCUAGGUGACGAAGAUGGAGAUGUUGAGCUGGAUGAUGUCUGGUUUGCUUAUCCUUCUCGCCCCACUCAUAUGGUGCUUAAGGGAAUUACAUUGAAGUUGAGGCCUGGCUCAAAGGUUGCCCUUGUUGGGCCAAGUGGUGGUGGAAAAACUACUAUAGCAAAUUUAAUUGAACGGUUCUAUGACCCUCUAAAGGGAAAGGUCUUACUAAAUGGAGUUCCAUUGGUAGAAGUAUCACAUGAGCAUCUACACAGACAGGUUAGCAUUGUUAGCCAGGAACCUGUCCUUUUUAACUGCUCUGUUGAAGAAAAUAUAGCUUAUGGAUUUGAUGGCAAAGCCAGCAGUACUGACAUCGAAAAUGCUGCUAAAAUGGCAAAUGCACACGAAUUUGUAUCUAAAUUUCCUGAACAAUAUAAGACCCAUGUUGGGGAACGAGGGAUAAGACUUUCUGGUGGCCAGAAACAGAGAAUAGCAAUUGCAAGAGCUUUAUUGAUGAACCCACGGGUUCUUCUCUUGGAUGAAGCUACAAGUGCAUUGGAUGCUGAAAGUGAACAUCUGGUUCAGGAUGCGAUGGAUUCUCUAAUGAAGGGAAGGACUGUUCUUGUCAUAGCACACAGGCUCUCAACUGUCAAGAGUGCAGACACUGUAGCUGUGAUAUCUGAUGGUCAGAUAGCUGAAAGUGGUACUCACGAUGAACUUCUGAGUAAAAAUGGCAUCUAUACUGCAUUGGUGAAGAGACAACUGCAAGGACCUAGAUAUGAAUCUAGUGUAGCACCUGAUGAGCAGAAUUAAAGACUAACUUGGUUUGUCCAUGCCUUACUAAACAUCAAAACAACAAAUAUAAUUUGUUAAGUAGCAUGCAUUAUUCAGUAACCAUAUACAUACAAGUACCCUCCACUGUGGCAAUAUCAAUGUAAUGGUGCCACAGGUUUACUGUUGGAUGAUUUUAUUGAGCUACACUUCAGCCUUUGAACCUGCUUUCUGCUGCAUUUUCUUAAGCAAUCCCAGUGCCCAACUUUCAACAGCAAUGCCCACCAAUGAAAGACAACUGGACUGGAACAUUCUCAAGAGUUGUGCAGGUCAAAAAUGUAAAUACCAGGAAUCUCAUGUGCUCACAGGGCAGAGAUCUGGUUAGAUGCCUUCAGAUUAUACUCUGGACUAUUUGACAUCAUUUUGGUUAUUUACAAAUUGAUACCGGAACAAUCAGGCAUUCCAGUCCAACUGUUUGCCAAUCACAGCAGUAGUGAUUGAAUCAUACUGGUCAGUCUGGCCGAGAAGCCGGGAUAAGAACUUGUUUCUUUGUUCAAAGUCAAGCUGUUGCUAUUUUUGUCUUUGUGCUCAGCCUACUCUUUUGUAUGAAACUCAACAUGCCUUUCUAUAUGUAUCUUAGUGGAAGGCUGUUUGUGCUGCUCUUAAACUAUAAGCUUCCAUGCUUGCUCUUUUUAA